AGAGCCAAAUACAUCAAAGUUCAAUCCCAGAGGAUGGAGGGAGUUUAACGGCUCUUUACAACAAAACAUCAGCCUUCGGUGUCACAGACAAAGAACAUAAACCCAGAGCCUCAUCUCCUCGUUUCCAGGAUGGAUUCACUCUUUUCUGGAUUCUUUGUGAACUUGGAUGCCACUGCUUUGCUGCUCUUCAUUGUGGUUUUCAUCCUCACUGCAGAUUACAUUAAGAACAGGAGGCUCACCGGGUUCCCCCCUGGACCCCCAGCACUUCCUAUUGUGGGCAACAUAUUCACCCUGGACCACAAGAGGACACAUGAGAGUAUGACUGAGUUAGCGGGCAGAUAUGGAGAUGUGUACAGCAUGCGAAUGGGCCAGAGGUGGGUGGUGGUCUUAAAUGGGUUUGAGGCUGUGACACAAGCUCUGGUAACUCAGGGGGACAGUUUUUCAGACCGCCCAAGCAUCCCUCUGUACGACGACAUAUUUCAUGGACUAGGUGUAAUUUUAAGCAACGGGCACAUGUGGAAGCAGCAGAGACGUUUUGCACUUUCUACCCUGAAAUAUUUUGGAUUUGGUAAGAAGUCACUUGAACCUAUGAUCCUGGAGGAAUUCACAUACGUCGCAAAAGAGAUCAGUGCCUAUAAAGGUAAACCAUUUAAUCCUCACCUCAUCGUCAACAACACUGUUGCUAACAUCAUCUGUUUGCUGGUCUUUGGACAUCGCUUUGAGUACGGUGAUGAGCAAUUCAAGAAAAUGAUGAAGUUGUUUGAACAAAGUAUUCAAAUACAAGUCUCCGUUUUGGCAGAGCUUUACAACGCCUUCCCUCAGCUGAUGAGAUGUUUACCGGGACCACAUCAGAAAUUCAAGAGAAUCAAUGAAGAGCUGAAGGACUUUGUAAGAACAGAGGUUAAAGACCACAAACAGAAGUGGGAUCCUUCAGAUCUACGAGACUUCAUCGACUACUACCUGAAUGAAAUUCAGAUGAGUAAAGGACAGGAUGACAGUACUUUUGAUGAAGAAUGCCUGAUCAUGUCUGUAUUGGAUUUGUUUGGGGCUGGAUCUGAGACCACAUCCACCACCCUGCGUUGGGCGUUCCUCUUCAUGGUCAAAUACCCCGAGAUCCAGGAGAGGGUUCAGGCUGAGAUAGACUCUGUGAUUGGUCAGUCUAGACCGCCGUCAGUGGACGAUCGUGCAGACCUGCCCUACACUGAUGCUGUGAUCCACGAGAUCCAGAGGAUGGGGAACAUAGUCCCCCUCAACCUCCCCCAUGUCACCAACAGGGACGUCCAUCUGAGAGGAUACACCAUCCCAAAGGGUGUUACAAUUAUACCUAAUCUGACAUCUGUGCUGUUCGAUAAACGUGAGUGGAAGACGCCCUUCACAUUUAACCCAGGACACUUUCUAAAUGAGGAGGGGAAGUUUGUGAAGCCAGCUGCCUUCAUCCCUUUCUCUGCAGGGAAGCGUCUGUGUCUCGGGGAGAAUUUAGCCAGAAUGGAGCUUUUCCUCUUCUUCACCUCCUUCAUGCAGCAUUUCACCUUCUCCAUGCCUCCAGGAGUGAAGCCUGUGUUGGAUUAUCGCUUUGGAAUCACUCUGUCACCUGUACACUAUGAAAUCUGUGCAAAACCACGACAUGAAUAGAUCACACAAUUCAUUUAUCAAGGAUUUUUGUAUGCUGGAGGUACAGCUGUCAUCACUGUCUUAGUUACUGUACAAUUACAGCUUUUUCCAGGAGAAAUUAAUC